AUGUCGGCUCCUGCCGGGCUCCGGGGCCGCCCGGCUCCUACCCCGGCGGCCUCUCAGCCGCCUCUGCAGCCGGAGAUGCCCGACCUCAGCCACCUCACGGAGGAGGAGAGGAAAAUCAUCCUGGCCGUCAUGGAUCGGCAGAAGAAAGAAGAGGAGAAGGAGCAGUCCGUGCUCAAAAAACUGCAUCAGCAGUUCGAAAUGUAUAAGGAGCAGGUAAAGAAGAUGGGAGAAGAAUCACAGCAGCAGCAAGAGCAGAAGGGUGACGCCCCGACCUGUGGCAUCUGCCACAAAACAAAGUUUGCCGAUGGCUGUGGCCAUCACUGCUCGUACUGCCAGACGAGGUUCUGUGCUCGUUGUGGAGGCCGGGUGUCACUACGCUCAAACAAGGUACAGAAAUGAUUCAGGUUACACCUAACAAUUCUCUGAUAUUUAAGCAUGUUGUUAGUAAAAUUAGCUGCAGUUAUUAUUCAGAUAAAUCAAAGAACAAAAGCCUUUUUUUAUGUCUUCAUUUCAGGUAAAAUAAGCUUUUUUACCUUUUAACUGAAUUAAGAAGAUAAUUGUUUCAGUGUUUCAUUUCAUUUGGUUUAUGCUUUUAUUUAGAAUUGUAGGAUUUUAGACUUUCAAAGAGUAUGAAAGAAAUGCAAUUGGUCUAAUUUCUUUAUUUACAGGUGCAGAAAACUCAGAUCAGACAGACUGAAGACCUUUCUCAAAGUCCUUUCUCAAAGUCCCACAAAUGAUUAAUGUCACAGUUGUGACAUAGCUUUCUCCAUUACUACACAUAAUUUUUAAAAACCAUAGAUGUGCUUUUUCUUUGGCCCCUGUUGCCUGUUUUUCGAAAGAGGCCAUUUCCA